AACUUACCCGACUCAUUCGGAACUCUACGGCAUAUUUUAUAAAAACCCAAGAAGUUGUCGUCCCAGCAACCACCCGCGUCAAAGUGUUUCAAAACAUUAUGUGAAAUUUAGUUUAAUAUCUUGCUGAUUUUGUUUAAAACAAGAAAAUGACUAGUGCCAGCGUUGUUCCAUAUACACCCAAAAAGAAAUCGGAUGCAUUACCAUCCAUAGAUGCUACAAAUGAUAUACAAGACCCAUUGGAUUAUUCAUUUUGUCGACUGAAUAAAGUAGAGGAUGCACUGGAAGAGGAGCCCAGGUCAUCUCCAAAAAAGGAUCAGUCCAAUAAUUCUGGGAAGUCUCAAAGUCGCUGUCUCCGAUUAAACAAUAACAGUCUUCAGUCGAUUGAACGACUUAAUGAAGUCAUAAAUGCCAAGUUUGAUAAUCCCAGGAACAUUGCUUGGAUUGACUUAUCAUUCAAUGAAUUGACAACUGUUGAUCCAGUUUUAUUGGAGUUUCCUGAACUUCAAAUAUUAUACCUCCAUGGGAAUCAGAUAGGAGAUGUUAAAGAAGUUGCCAAACUCUCUGGUCUGACAAAGUUAAGAAAAGUGACACUCCAUGGAAACCCGCUCGAGAAGACUAAGGGUUACAAGUUCCAAGUGAUGGCUAUGGUUCCCCAGCUUCAGACAGUGGACUUCAGUCGUGUAACAAAGUGUGAUAGAAAAACAUCAGAGGUCUGGAAUAACAUGAACAAUGCCCCGAAGAAAAAGAAGGAAAAACUAGAGGACGAUUAAAAAUGAGAAGAUUAGAGUCAAUGUAUGUUCCAUUUCCUAUAAUUGUAGACAUAUUAAUUAAUUACAGUUCACUUGCAUGUAGUUGAAUGUACAUGCUUGUGGGGAAAAUUUCUACAUUGUACUGUCUGUAUUAGAAUUGUGUAUAAGUACGGUUUACAUGCUGUGGUACUGUACAAGUGCCUAUUUUCUUGUAUGUAUUGCAUUUAUUAAUUUUUGAAAAGUGGGGUAUAAAUUUAAGCAACAGAAAUUAUUUUUUCUUAGGGCCAUAUUUACUUCUGUGAUACAUUAAUUUGAUAAUUUAAUUCAUACAUGUACCAUGAAUUUAUAAUGCUUUAUGAUUAAUUCAAAAUGGAAUAUGUUGUACAUUUAUUUAUAUUAUAGAUAUGGUAUAUUUGUUAAAAGAUUAAAAUGUUUUAAUAAAUCAGUUUUGAAAGCAU